GGCACUCAUCCCAUAAGUCUGCUGAUAUUGGAUCUGAGCUGGCAACAGGAAUACAUGGUUUUGGAAAUGUCUGCAGCUCAGCCACAUAUUCUUGUCCACGCUGGUGAUGGGCGAACAUUUUCAAGGGUGAAAUUUUUCUCUUUACUUAACACAUACAACUGCUUUCUGAAGGACAAGAGUCAUCUGCAGCUAAAUGCCCAUGAGAACUUAGGUCAGGUGAUCCUUGAGGGAUUUUUUGUUGUCUCUUGGGGAAUGAGGAGACCAAUCCGUCUCAAAAUUCAGGAUGAGAAACAAAUGCAGGCGUGGGACAGCUCCAAAUCUCCUGAAUAUUCUCCAGAUCCAAUCAGCCCGCUUGGAAAAAAGAGGGGUAUGACCAGGUGGGGAGAGUUUGACAAUCUUAAUCACAUUGAUGAACUGGAAGAAACUGGGCAAGAUGUUUCAGAGACAGUUGUGAACAGUGCUGCUCCAGACUAUAAGCAGUAUGAGAGCCGGACACUCAGGGCACCGAGACCCGAGCCCAUUGUAGAUGAGAGUUCGUGCCUGUUCCGCACCAGGAGUGAUGCAUUUUUGGUAAAGAAGAGAGUGAAGAACAAGACAGCACAAGAAGACCAGACAAACCGGCAGCAUCGUUUUUCUAUCAACGGCCAUUUUUAUAACUACAAGACAUCAAUAUUCACGCCAUGCCAUGGGACACCCACAAACGUCCGUAUUAACAGCACAAUGAGGACACACGAGGUCAUCAGCCAGCUUCUACAUAAAUUCAAAAUAGAAAACGACCCCAGUGAAUUUGCCUUAUAUUGUAUUCAUCAAAGUGGAGAAAGAAGAAAGCUGGGCAGCUCAGAUCUUCCACUUUGGGAGCGUUUUCUUCAAGGACCAUCAGAAGACAUAAUGAGAAUCUUCCUCAUGGACACAGAUGAAGAAGAAGUCAGCAUGGAUGUAGCACAGUAUGUUAAUUUAGAGCUUCCUAUUCUUCAACGAAUUCUGCUGAAGCUACAAGAGGAGGAGAAACAAGAGAUACAACGUGUUGUUCACAAGUACAGGGAGCAGCACCAGCUAUUAACCCACUGCCUGAACUCAAAGCUGCCACCAAAGACUGAGACAACUGUGUGAAUGAAAGCGUUCAACGGCCCUUUUCAUUCCAGACUUAUUGAUGAUACUUGCUUCACUGGUGUGGCGUCCUCAUGGAACAAUAGGUUGUCUAAAUAGGUUUAAGAACAUAAUGGUAGGAAAAACAUUGUUUUUACAUUGCAAAAAAUGUAAUAUACUACGAGACUUCACACAAUACUACAAGAUCACUCUUACACAAUGCAACAUAUUAUAAACCCUAUAUACAAUGGAUUUGGUGGAAUUUACAUUUGAAGCAAGCAACUGUGGGUUUUUAUAAGGAUUAUUUUUUUAAGAAGAAGAAUCCAUUUUCAUCAAUUUUAUCAAGUAGGGAUUAAAACUUAUACAUAUAUACAGUACAAUGUACUUAAAGGUUUCCCUUUGACAAUAAAAGACUUAACCACUAAAGCCAUUUACUGGAAUGUAGUGAAUGCAAAAGGGGCAAGAUGAUAGUCUGCAAACUGUUCACCAAACAUCCACAACCAUAAACUAGACUGUCAUAUUUCGCUGAAAGUGUGUAUACUGUAGAAUGUGACAGACUAGUCUUGGGUACAUUUUUGACAUUGUACACUUCUGGUAAUGCUUUUGUAAAUGUAAUUUAUAUAUUGUAAAAAGUUUUAUAUCAUAUCUUUACUUACAGUUAUUAGAUUAACAAUCUGUGUUG